AUGAACUUAUCAGAAAUGGAAUCCAAGGUCAGAGAAGCUACCAACAACGAGCCUUGGGGCGCCUCAACCUCGUUGAUGUCGCAGAUUGCCGCCGGAACUUACAAUUACAGAGAAAGAGAAGAGAUUCUCAGCUUUAUUUUCAGAAGAUUCACCGAGAAGGCAGCUAAUGAGUGGAGACAAAUCUACAAGUCGUUGCAGUUGUUGGACUACUUGAUUAAGAACGGAUCAGAGCGUAUCAUCGACGAUGUGCGUUCUAACGCCUCGCUAAUUCAGAUGUUGAAGUCGUUUCAUUACAUCGACUCUAAGGGUAGGGACCAGGGUAUUAACGUGAGAAACAGAUCCAAGAACUUGCUUGCCUUGUUGAAUGACGAUGCUUUGAUCAGACUGGAACGUAAGAAGGCCAGAGGCAACGCCAAGAAGUUUGGGGGUGUCUCCUCGGCUGCUUUCGGUGGUGCCUCUUCUAUUGCUGUCGGAGACGGUUUUGGAGGUGAUGAUGACUUCACUAACAGAGUCUACGGAGAUGGUGGAGUUUACGGUGCGCGUUACGACGAUCCUGCGAGUGCCUAUGCUAACGGAGCCACCGGAACCGAUAACAACUUCGAAGAGUAUGAUGUGGAGGCAACUAGCAGCUCACAUGCAUCCAAGCCUACCACAGGUUCAUCUAAAGUGCAUGCCACUUCAUCUAAGAAUAAGGCGCAGCCUCAAGCUCCACAGCAGGAUUUGUUGGGCGACUUGGUGAGUUUUGAUGGCCCGGCUUCGGGAUCCAGCGCAUCUGCUCAACCAGCUGCUGCGGACGACGACGAUGAUGACGACUUUGACGAUUUCCAGACUGCACCAUCUCUGUCAACUAACACAGGCAACCUCUCAAGCAACUUGGCUAACCUCUAUGUAUCUCAGCCUGCUGCACAAAGAUACCAGCAGCCCACUCAGACAAGCCAGUUCCCACAAGUGCAGCAACAAAGCUAUGCUCCAUCUGCAGUGAAUACCGCUGGACCCACGCUUGCGUCAACAGGACCAGCCAAGCCCUCAAACGAUGCAUUCUCGUCUUUGUUCUCGACUGCUAAGACCAAGUCUUCAACCUCAAGCAAGCCAGCACCCACGCAGACCUCGUCGGUUGCAGCCACCAAGUCUAGCAACGAUGAUGAUUUCUUUGGUGGAUUUUCCUCCAACACUCCAUCUGCACCUGCUCAGAACAACACCAGUAACAAUAACAACAACUCUGGAGAAAUUGACUUGUUGAGUUUUUAA